AUGGGAAGACCGCCUUGUUGUGAUAAAUCCAAUGUGAAGAGAGGCCUAUGGACUGCAGAAGAGGAUGCAAGACUACUUGCGCAUGUAUCCAAGCAUGGGUUUGGGAAUUGGACAUCCGUUCCCAUGAAAGCAGGACUCAAUAGAUGCGGGAAGAGUUGCAGGCUGAGGUGGACUAAUUACCUCAGGCCUGACCUCAACCAUAAUGACUUCACUCCUCAAGAAGAAGAGCACAUUAUUAACCUCCACCAAGCUAUAGGAAGCAGGUGGUCUCUCAUUGCAAAGCAGCUACCUGGAAGAACAGACAAUGAUGUCAAGAACUACUGGAACACCAAGCUGAGGAAGAAGCUUUCCAAGAUGGGAAUUGACCCUAUAACUCACAAGCCUAUUUCUCAGAUCCUUUCAGAAUAUGGAAACAUAAGCGGCCUUGUGAAUUCUGGACGCCUGCAUAUUGCCUCUCGGAACACGGACAACGUAUUUGUUCCGAAGUCAGAGCCAUCAUCUAUCAUCACAGGUUUUCUUCCACCUACCAAUAUGAUCACAAGGCCUGCAAUUGAGCAAGUCCCGGAUUACGACUCUUUCUCUAGUUAUAACCCUUCAUUGGACUUCUUGAGUAAGUCCCAAGUAAUCAAUCAUGACAUUGUCCAACCACACUUUUUCAAUGAAGUAACCUCCUCUUGCUCAUCAUCAUCAUCUUCUUCUCAUGUCUCUGACUUAAUUAGCUCGCCACAAUCUCUCUCUUGCCAACAAUCUCAAGCCCAAAUAUUCACACAUUCAUCAUCAUCAUCUUCUUCUUCUUCCCUUAAUUGGAGCGAGUUUUUUCUCAAGCUCGAGGAAGAAACACAGGAAGGAGAACAAGAGGGUGACUUGCAGGGUCUCGUGUCAUCAACAAACGCCGUGAUUUUAUCACAAAGUGAAACUCCAGCACAGAAGUUUAGAAGUGAUCAAUACAGUGCAAACAGAACGGUAGAUGAGGAACUUGGUUCUCAUAGUAUGUCUGAUUUUGAAUCCACAAUUUUUGGAAGUCAAGUGAGCAACAAGACGGAAAAUUCCUCCGCGGAUUCAUUCUUGGACACUCUCUUGGAUCGAGACAGCAAAUUGACGGCGGCCUUCCCUGAAUUGUUGGACGGAUCUUUUGGGUAUUACUGCGCGUACUUGGACGACAGACACUUUCCAGCCUAG